AUGUCACGUAGCUUUUUUUCUCACCAGAAUCUCGAUGCACUGCGUCAGGAGAACACUUGGCUUCAUUUUCUACACAGUUUGCUAUGCACUGAGGAACAUUUAUAUUCUGUACUCGCAGAAGAAGUGGAUUCUCUGGCUGAUGUAGUUAAUCAACUAAUCGAGUACAACUCUUCCCGAUUAUACUCAUUCGGUUAUAUUCCUUCGCCUCAAACAUCCCAAAAGAACCUCAAAACCAGUUCUCACACUACUGGGGAACAGGAAUUUUUGGAAGACGAACAAGUUUCAGAUACUGAUGAAUUACUCGAAUUGGACAUCAUAGCUAGACAAGCGAUAGUUGAAUCAUUUAAUUCUAUAUUAUCAAAAUUAUUAAAAGGUAUGCAAUGA